AUGGGUGGCCGCGACAUCGUUGACAGCUGCUACAACUUCGGUUCCCCGGGCAAGAACAACCAGUGUGGCGGUAAUGGCGACAAUUGCAUCAACUCUGGCAAGAUUGAUCUUUGCUGUAGAAGUCAAGGUGCACUUGGAGCUUUUUGCUGA